GCUCCGGGCACCCGCGCCCGCCCCGCGGCCCGCCACCAUGGCCAGCGAACCCGUGAUUCUCAACGUGUACGACAUGUACUGGAUAAAUGAGUACACAUCCACCUUGGGGAUUGGAGUCUUUCACUCUGGGAUCGAGAUCUACGGCAGAGAGUUUGCCUAUGGAGGGCACCCUUACCCUUUCAGUGGGAUUUUCGAGAUCACACCUGGCAGUGCGGUAGAGCUUGGCGAGACCUUUAAGUUCAAAGAAUCCAUUGCCUUGGGCACCACAGACUUCACGGAAGAGGAUGUGGAUAAAAUUAUGGAGGAGCUGGGCAAGGAAUACAAGGGCAAUGCGUACCAUCUCAUGCACAAGAAUUGCAAUCACUUCUCCGCUGCCCUGGCAGAGAUCCUAUGUGGGAAGGAGAUACCCCGUUGGGUGAACCGCCUGGCUUAUUUCAGCUCAUGCAUCCCCUUUCUCCAGAGUUGCCUCCCAAAGGAGUGGCUGACCCCUGCAGCCUUGCAGAGCCAUAUCAGCCUUGGUCUCCACAAGGAAGAGCAGGGAGACACAACAGAUGAGGAGUCCCCAUCCACUUCUGCAGCUGCCUCAGCCUCAGGCACCUCAAGAACCUGUAGACAUACACGGGUCUAAGUAGUGCCCUCAAAUGCCAUUUCCCCUCUCUCUCUCCCCCUCUCUCUUCUCCCUCCCCACCCCACUCUUUCUGGGUCUCUUCAAAUUCAUUCUUACCUACCCUUUCUCAUGCCUUCUAUCUUUUCCUUCUCCCAGAACUAUUGAGGAAACCCCAUUUAAUGAGAAGAUGAACACUUGUUCCUUUCUCUGAGGGCUGCCACUGUGGUUCUUUGGCAAAAUGACUUUCAGCCCCAGUAUUGUGCUGAACGCUGUGGUGGCUCCCUGGAUUCUUUGAUCCACAGAGAACUGCAGACUCUGAGGCAUGAAAGCAUGGAUUUAAGGGGACUAUUGGGAGGCACCAUACUGUGAAGUUCCCUGGCUGGAACUGUUUUUAUUCUUUUAUCUUCUCUCUCCUGCCUGUAAACCUCCUCUCCAGUUCCACUGAGGUUGUCCUUCCUCCACCACGUACCUCCUGUCUCUACCAAACAAAGGAAGCAUAGCCUGAGCUUGACUUUCUCAUCUCCAAGACCAGCAACAAGCUCCAACCAAUUUCCCCUUUUUUACCAGGUUUCUAAAUCAUUUGAACAACAAAUGAAACAUCCUGCUGUUCCACAAUCACCAGUUUUCUGUAUUGGAAUUUAAUAAGAGCUCAAAGGACUUUCCUGCCCUCAACAACAAUAACAAAAUUACCUUGGAAAAUGAAUGUGUAGCAGUGGCUUUUGCUUGGAUCAGAAAAGGAAUGGAGCUAAUGCUCAGAGGCAGCUACUCAGUAGGCUCAGGGGUGACCUUAGGUGCAUUGGUGCUCUUAGGCAAAAGGAUUUUAAUUUUCCUCCCUAGCUCAGCACUUUCACAUCUCUGGGUUUCUCUCUCCCUUCUCUCAUAUGGGCCUAAGAAAUUUGUUUUCUGACUAGGUAAUCAGCUAUGCUGUACACUGGGGAUGGAUUUCUGGAUCCAAGAGGGUAAUAAGAGAGACUCUCCUGGGUAAAUCACUAUUUCCUGCAGCCUUUUUUCCUAGUCAUGGACUCAAAAUGUAGCUUCCUAGGCAGCCACUUACCCAGCCUACAUUUUAAGGUAAAUGAAAAAGUGAAAAAGCACUGAAAAAGGUACAAUCUAUCUAGACGGAGAAUGAAUCCAAAGAGUAUACAUCUGUUUACACCCCUUCCCCAUUCAAAGGCUGUCUUUAAUUGGAAAGCAGCUUGGGAGCCAUCAAGAAGCACUGAGAAGCCUGUGCCAUAUAGAGCUCCAUGGUAUCUCCUGUUACCCAGCACCAUUAUAUGUCAGUCAUUUGGGAUAGAAGAAGCAUGAGGCUGGUCAAUUAGCCUCUCCAGCAUUGGCCCACAGAUGUCUGAAGCCCCUGUGAUGGUUUCUGUGGUUGGGGUGGAGGUGGUGUAGGAGAACAGAACAAGUGUGCUCAUUCCUUUAUUCAAUCUCUGAACCACGAAUUUUGAUUAGAGAGUAUAGUAGGGUGGAGAAUGAGAAUCCAGGUUGCUUUUUUACCACCAGCAGCUGCUAUUGGCUUUACGGAAGAGAAAGAUAAAAGACUGUGAUCAAGUGUCUGUAAUGCAUCGUCUUAGAGCCUGGUUUUUAAGAGCUGUGCAGCAGGAGCUUCUGUGGGUGUUUAGCAUCUGUGAAGAACCAGCCCUCAGUACGGAUGACCACUUUGUUUAGUAACCAAAGUGAGACUAGGAUCCUGCUACUCUCACCCAGUUUAUGCAGUAUUCCUGUAGCUAAAGUUGAGAGAGUCUUGUGCUUUGGAGUUUGCAAGUGUUGUGUUCCAUCGUUGCUGAUGUACAUGAUGUCAGUACAUAUGAGACCUUUGUUUAUUCUGUGCACACACACGGAUGUGUGUGCAAGUGCAUGUGUGUAUGCACGUACCCAAAGAGAUUACAGAGUACUGAGAGCCCUGUGAAGAGCCUGGGCCUAUUGUUAGGAAGAGCUGCUGGAUUCUUGUUGGGGCAGGGGACUCUAGGGGGUUUUGAUAGCUAGAAAUUGAGUCCUUGGAGCAUAAUCAAACUCUGCUGUCCCUGGGCAGUGUUGCACGUUUGUACAAAGAAACCUUUAAGACAUGCCUCUAAUUUUUGCAUAAUGUGUACAAAGUGCUGCAGUUCCUAGUGCUUUUGCCCAGAACCAAAGUCACAUUCUUUAUUAAACCUGGCUGCCCACAGCUACUACCCAGUCAGUGCUGCAUUGUGGAUUAUUCUGAAACUUCUGGUGUAGCCAUUCUCUGUUACCCUGGGGUUCCCCAGGUGGGUGCCUAGAUCCAGCACCACAGUCUCUAUGAAGCUUGUUAAGAUUGGUAUUAUACUCUCCAUUAUUCUGAAGCUGCUGGAGUUGCUGCCCAGAAACAUCAUUAUACAAUGCAGCAUUGUACCCCCUGUUCCCCUACUAUCACUGGUAUUGCUGCUGAAAAUCAGGAGUGCAAUCUCCAUUUCUCUGAAGUUCCCAGGGUUUCUGCCAGCAACCAGCAUUUUGUUACAUGCAGGCACUUUUAAAACAUGUCUUUAGGUCCUGCCCUGGAGGAAAGCAAGUGGAGGUACUCCUAGAGCUUUUGUUUGGAAGGGGGAAACUAACAACAAACAAUGCCUGAUCUGAUGACAAUGAGCCAUCACCCUAUCCUUCCAUCUUGUGUCUAAGCUCAGAAUAAAACAUUGUACCAGACAUCCACAGUAGAAUCAGGGCUCCAGUGGCAAACGUUUCACUAGGGAAGCACUCUCUUUAAAUAUUUAAUGAAAUAACAUUCAUAAUUGGCUGCAUUUUCAUUCAGGCAAGCUGUGUUCCUCCUCAAUUCAAGCCCUGGGGAUAGGACACGUUUGAGGUCUUGGGACUUUCCUUUGGUGCAAGUGGCUAGCAUUAUAAAAAGAGGAAUUUGGAGGGGCUUUUUUGUAAUGAGGGGGAAGAAAAACAAAACUGUUCUUUGGCUGAUUUGUAGCUCAGAAUGUGUUAUUGUCCUCAAGAGAGCUGCUGACCUCCACUCUCUGUCCAAGAUGACAGACCACCAUCAAUCAACAAGAAUAAAGGGACACUGUGGAAAUAAGAAGUAUAUUAAUAAUAGCUUUAUCUGUGUAAUUAACAGCAUUUUAGAUUAUUAAAACUGAUGGAGUUUUUAAAAUCUAA